UAUAUUGCUUACUAAAAGACAUUAUUGUUCGCAGCAACCAUGAAAUUCCUGCUGAUCGUCGCUUCCCUCGUCGCCGUGGCCGUCGCUGGCCCGACCCGUGUCCUCGUCACCCCCGGUGGUGGCUCCGCGCCCAUCGUGGAUGCUGAAUCCCCCAUCAGCGUUGGACCCGCUCUGAUUGAGAGUCCCAUCUCUGUUGGACCUGCCCUGAUUGAGAGCCCCAUCUCUGUUGGACCCGCUCUGGUUGAGAGCCCCAUCUCCGUUGGACCCGCCCUGGUUGACAGCCCUAUCUCCGUUGGACCCGCCUUUGUUGAGAACCCGAUUGUUGAGAGCCCCGUCGUCGUCGACACCCCCAUCGUCGGUGAAAGCCCCGUCUUCGCCGAGCUCCCCAUUGUUGUGGACGCUCCCAUCGUGAACCCCAGCCCCGCUGCUGUUGCUCCCGUCGAGGCUGAGUCCGUCUCCUCUGCCGCCGCUCCCCUGGUCCAGAUCAUCCUGAACAUCAACCAGGCUGCUGCCCCUGAGGCCCCCGCGGUCGUCGUACCAGAGGCCCCUGCUCUCGUGCCAUCUCCCGUCGUCGUCGAGGAGUCUCCCGUCUUCGCCGAGCUCCCCAUCGUGGUCGACACCCCCGUGGCCCCUGAGCCCGUCCAGAUCGUCGACACCCCCGUCGAGGCCCCCAUCGUCGUGCCCGCCCCCAUCGUGAUUGAGCCCCAGCCCAUCGAGCUGCCCGCCCCCGAGCUGCCCGCUCCCGUCGAGGUCGCCCCCGUGAUCACCCUCCCCGACAUCCUUAACUAAGCACAGCAGAGUUGUUGUUUAGGUAAAGAAGUGUUAGAUCUUAUUACCUCGCCGCAGUGGCUAUAAACUGUGCCGAGUGGUACUAAUGUAAAUAAACACUUUAUUUUGUA